CUGUGCGGUAUUUGCAGGCUUGCGGCAACUGGUGCACCGUUUCGCGUACGCGAACGACGAACCGCGGACGAGUUUCUUGCUCAGCUGAAACCACUGAACGAUGCGCUGAAAAGGAAUGUAGACAUGUACAAUUCAGUGGAUCACGAGAAUAUUGUGAGAUUCCACGAGGUGAUCAAAGAUGACGAUCUUGCCCUGGUCGUCUAUGAAGAGUGAGU